AUGGUCUACGUGCGACUCAUCACCCCGGCGCUGGCUGGGCUCCUCGACGCGGCGGUCAGUGUGCCUGAACUAGAGGAAGUUCGUCUCACCUUUAUGGAAGAACGCCUGCGUGCUCUUGUACACACGCAGUCACCCUCACAGCUGGAGGACGCACUGUGGAUCUACCUGGUCUGUCAGCGGCAGCUGCUGUCGAGAGCCAUUCAUAACUCUCAAGCCCCGGAUCAGCAGCACGGAACGAACGGCGACGCACCCGGAGCCCCGACGACCACCGACACCUCCGGCUGCCCGCUACCACCACCACUCCAUCUUCCCGGGCUCAUAACAUGUAUCAGUGACGCCGUACGCUGGUACUGUGGCGAGCUGCCGAUCCCUACUGCUCGCCCGGCGGCUAAUGAGUGCCAAGCAGCGUCACAGCCGCCGCCACCGCAAGAAACAGAGCAAGCGCAGAAGCCAAAGCCAACGACCGCCCCCCACACCAUGCACACCUCUUGCACCUCGCCAGCAGUGCAGCCGGGAGCACGGAUCGAUGCGCUCCUUCGACAGCGCCAGCAGCCCAUCCCAUCACCAGCGCCGUCGCAGCCGGCUCAGCACCCCAAGCAGGUCACUGGGCCCCUUGCCACAGUGCAGCUGGCUCUUGAUGCAUUUUCUCACUUCAAGCGUGCCCCCACGCUCCGUCAGCCUCGCACCAUCGCCCUCCUUGUCCGCGACUUCGUCUCUCUCUGGAGCCUCAUCUACCUGUGCAAGCAGCUGAAGCACCACCAACUGCGAAAGGAGCGUCUGCUAACGAGCACGGCGACCGCAGCCGCUGGCCCUAGGGACCUUAAACGCGGCCAGAAAGAAGACUUGAGGAGUCUCGACAGCGCCCACGUCAAUCGAAGCCCUCACGCGCACUACACCGAUGCCCAGCCCGUCGCGGUGUGCUUUCACGAUUACGAUCUGCUGCUGCCAUGGGGCCUCGUCCAGCGUGUAUUGUCGCCGUCGGAUGUGUCCAUGGCAGCCGUAGCAGCGCGAUGUCGAGCCAUGGAAGAGUCCAAGGCAGGCAUGUCCUCUUCCUCCUCUGCUACUACAGCCGCCACUGGCCCCACCUUCGCACUCAUCCUCAACCCUGCCGUGACGGCCAUGGACGACAACCCGGACCGCCUCAGCAAGAAUGCACGCAUCGAUGCAAUUGACAAAGCAGCCAGCACGUACUACUACGCCUUGUUGUCAGCUCGGGCGCAUGGGCAGACAAGUGGGCACCACUGCGGUGCACGGUCAGGCGCCUCCAUCGCGUCAGCAGCGGCUCACCAAGAGGCGCUGCGCAGCUCCUUGGCCGCAGUGGACAUUGGUGACUACGGCGUUCUGGACCCGUCGCGGAUGCGCGUGCCACCCUACGUGGCCGGAACGGAUGGGUUACUCUCCGGUGGCGUUGGCAGGGGGUCGUCGAGAGCGGUGUCGGAAAGUCUGGAGACGACUGCGAAGUCGUAUGCGUUGUUUCUACGUGACGUCUCGAUCGGCUUUGACAUCCAGGUAAUGACCCUUACCGGCGCCGGUGUUGGCUACUAUCUGGGCUACCUGCGCGGGUUGUCGUCGGAGUGGUGUACCCUGUACGCCGUGGUCGGCCUUGUGACGAUGAUGCUGGUGGACGCCGUGCUGCUCAUUAUUCGAGUAGGACGGCAGGAUGAGGCGGUGCUCAAGGCCCGCCAACGGAUUCGCCGGCAACGUGAAAAGCUGGAGAAGGAUAGCGAGAAGCUCGUACAGUCCAUGCAGGCUGCCCUGAGCCUCCCAGCGGCCGACGUCACUAAUUCUACUUCCUCCUUCGCUAGCAAAGCAACCACAGCAAUGCCCAUUGCGGACGCAGAGGAAGUCGCCGCCGCUUCUCCUCAGACGCAGGCGGACCCACACACCAAGAAGAAUCAGUAG